AUGUUAGCAGUGAUGUUAUGUUUUCUUUCUUUUGCGCUCGGUGAUGUUACAGCCAAUGGUGGGUGGGUCCAAGAAGUAUACAAAGCCAAACAACAUUUGUCACUUUUGGAUUCAACUGUUGAAGAAUUAGACAAUCAAGCCAGACAUAUUCACAACGUUCUUGACAACGCUAAACUCGAUUUCGAAAACACUAUUCCUUCUGCUAAAGCUGAAAUUGCAGCUAAGAUGAGAAUGAUGGAAGAACAAUUGGCUACUUUUGAUCAAAAAAGAAGUAACGUUCUCUCGGCUAUGAAAGAAAUAUUAAGCAACUUCCCCGAAGACUUUAAGUCCAAGAUUAUUCGAGAACUUAAGCUUGAUGUCAGAUUCAACCAAGUCGACUCUCUUUUGGAAAAGGUGAAGAUGAUGAAAGCUCCAAAGAAGGCUGUAACUAAAGCGGUGAAAAAGGCUCUUGACGCUGUUUUGAACUAA